UCAUACUUUAAACACUCCUAAUACCUAUAUCCCCCCUUCACCAUGUUCAUCAAGUCCGCUGUCGCUGCUUUGGCCCUCGUCGCCGCCGUCUCUGCCCAGACCUACAACCGCACCUACUUCACCAACCCCGUCGGUGAGGGUAUCAGCUACCCAAUUGGCAGCAAACAGGUCUUCUCCUGGCAAUUGCCCUGCGUUGCUCCCUCUUCCUGGGUUGCCAAGGAGCCCACCAAGGUUCCCGUUCAGUUCUUGAACGCCAACAACGCCGACAACGCUUUCUUCCUCAAGGAAAUCACCACUAUCGACUGCACCAAGAACUCUGGCAACGUCGAGUGGAACGUUCCCACCGACUACCCUGCCAACGGCAAAUACUCCCUCAGAAUCGUCGUUGACACUGCCGCUGGUCCUCAGAACGCUUACUCUGGUGUCUUCACCAUCACUGACCCCAACACCCCCCCAAGCAACAACAACCCUCCUUCCAACGACAAGCCUGCUGACAACAACAAGCCUAGCAGUGCCAGCACUGUUGCUCCCGCCUUUGCUGGAGCUGUUGCUGUUGCUGUUGCUGCCGCUAUGUUCUAAAUUAGAGAUGAACAUACAAGUAGAGUUUAAGAGUGAGAUCCGUUUGUAACGAAAAGGAUGUCUUUUUGUUCUCUGGAAGAAUUUCCUACCUCCUUUUGUGUCCCACCCGGGGUUCACUUUCAAGCUCUGCUUCUCCCAUUUUUAUUUCAUCAAGUCAUUGUCAUCCCUAUUCUCACUUGCCAUUAAUAUCCGUAACCAGUUUUUAUAAAACCAAGUUAUUAAAGACAAUUUAUUGUAACAUUAA